AUUAUAAUUCGCGCAUUCUGUGUAUCGUUAUCGCUCGUAGAGUAUGGUGUGUCUAUUAUAUGAUAUGAAAAUUUAAUAGCAAUUGUUGUCCAUAAACCGGUUACUUUUUUAUCAGUUCUAAACCGAACUGCAUUUGUUAAUAUUGAGUCGUUUAUUGUAAAUAUGAAAAAAUUCAGCUUGAUCGUUGCUGUUUGUGCUAAUGGAGGAAUAGGAAUCAAAGGCGAUCUACCUUGGAGGUUGAAGCAAGAGUUGAAAUAUUUUUCAAGAAUGACGAAGAAAAAACAGGACACUAGCAAACGCAAUGCCAUAAUAAUGGGACGGAAGACUUACUUCGGUGUACCUGAAACGAAACGACCGUUACCGGAGAGACUGAACAUUAUUCUUACCCGCGAUCCCAGUGCCCACGUCUACCCGCCCGAUGUGAUGGUGUGUACAAGCAUGCAGGAUGCUUUGAACAGGCUUGAUGAGACUCCGCUGGUGGAUGAAAUCGAAAACAUAUGGAUUGUCGGUGGCAAUGCAGUCUACAAGGAAGCGAUGCAGUCUGCCAGAUGCCAUCGUAUAUAUCUAACGGAGAUCAAGAAGACAUUUGAAUGUGAUGCUUUUUUCCCGGAAAUCAACAGCGAUUUUCAGUUGGUAAAAAAUGACGAAGACGUGCCGGAGGAAAUUCAAGAGGAAAACGGGAUCCAGUAUCAGUACCGCAUUUACGAAAAAAUGGCCGAGUGACACACAAUAUUUUUAUAUAUUUUUUUGUAUUCAUUUAACUUGGAAGUACUAUUUUUUCGAAAUUCUGCAUUCCUUUUGUAGUUAUUAAUUCAGUCAACGACACUAAUAUAUAGAAGCGGUUAUUGAUAAUAA